AGAGAGAGAGAGAGAGAGAGAGAGAGAGAGAGAGAGAGAGAGAGAGAGAGAGAGAGAGAGAGAGAGAGAGAGAGAGAGAGAGAGAGAAAGCAGACAGCUGCUCUUCACAUGAAUGCACUCAUCUUCUAAAGACCAGACUGCAAACAUGCUCUGGAAACUUGUGGAAAAUGUCAAAUACGAGGACAUCUACGAGGACCGACACGAUGGAGUUAACAGCCACAGUUCGAGGCUGUCCCAACUCGGGUCGGUCUCCCAGGGACAUUAUUCCACCGCUCCGCCGCUUUCUCACACCCCAACGUCGGACUUCCAACCACCUUAUUUCCCUCCACCUUACCAACCUCUGCCAUAUCACCAGAGCCAGGAUCCUUAUACACACGUCAACGAUCCCUAUUCCCUGAACGCCCUACACCAACCCCAGCAGCAUCCCUGGCAGCAAAGGCAGCGGCAGGACGUGGGCGCAGAAUCCAGCCUUUUACACCAGCCCCGGGUUCUGCCCCAGAUCACAGGGCUGGACCCUCGCCGGGAUUACCCCGGCGUGCGGCGGCCAGACGUGCUUGUCCACUCUGCUCAUGGACUGGAUUCGGGAAUGGGAGACAGUCUAUCUCUACAUGGAAUCAGCCAUCAAGGGAUGGAAGAAAUCCAGGCUUUGGAUGACACGGGUACCACUGGCAUGAGUUUAUUGGACCAGUCCGUCAUUAAAAAGGGAGGAUGGGUGAAAGUGAAUUCAGAAUGGCAACCUUUAUCAAUCCCACUUCCACAGAAGAAUAUCACAUCCUUGAUGAUGAACAAAGACAAUCUACUUGGCGGAAUUGCUAAUCACAAUGAGGUGUUCUGCUCUGUGCCGGGCCGCCUGUCCCUCCUUAGUUCCACAUCCAAGUACAAGGUGACUGUGGGAGAAGUCCAGAGACGCCUGUCCCCACCAGAAUGCCUGAACGCCUCGCUGCUGGGAGGAGUGCUGAGAAGGUAGAGCCGUGUGUUUGUUUCGAAAAGUGGUGGAAGGUCGUUAAGAGAAAAGCUGGAGAAAAUCGGAUUAAAUUUACCCGCAGGCAGACGUAAAGCUGCAAAUGUCACUUUACUAACCUCACUAGUAGAAGGAGAGGCCGUGCAUUUAGCUCGGGAUUUCGGGUAUAUCUGUGAGACGGAAUUCCCAGCCAAAGCUGCAGCUGACUAUUUGAACAGGCAGCACACAGACCCUAGCGAGCUGCACUCCAGAAAGAACAUGAUACUGGCCACAAAGCAACUUUGCAAGGAAUUCACAGAUCUGCUGGCACAGGACAGGACUCCUUUGGGGAACACCAGGCCCAACCCGAUACUAGACCCAGGCAUCCAGAGCUGUUUGACUCACUUUAGCCUCAUUACGCAUGGUUUUGGCUCUCCUGCCAUUUGUGCUGCUCUCACAGCUGUCCAGAACUACCUGACGGAAGCAUUAAAGGGACUGGACAAGAUGUUCUUAAACAACAACCCAAAUAGACACACAUCUGGAGGGGAGGCGGGCACCAAAACUGGAGACAAGGAGGAAAAGAACAGGAAAUGAGAAACAUUCCUCCAAACUUUUUAUUUUCUGUAGCUUUAUAUAAAAAUAAAUCUUCUAUUAACUUGGAAACAACCACGCACACGUAAAGGAGCAACACUGGGUCAACUGUUUGCGACCAUUAUGGACCUGGAUGCAAGGCUUCAAGAUCAUUUUUAUUGGUAUUUGUCCAAUUUUGCAACACUUUUACUUCCAUUUUAUGUCAGAAUGGCGGGUGAUUGCAAGAUUCACCUGGGUGACUGCAAAUUGAUUUUUGAUUAUCAAAAUUCUUUGAUCCACGCUCAUUCCAGGUCUGAUUUUUGUGCACAGUUCUGCGUGUUACGAGGAUGGAAACAUUCCACCAAAAAGAAAAUGACUAUCAGGUAACAUGGAAGCUUAAUAGUAACCGCCCCCCUUCAUUUGAGAACAUUAGCUUUAAUAUAGGUCUAAUGGUUUGCACACAGAUUCCAACACACGGUGACAAUAGUUACGUGUACCUGCUCAUUUUAACCCCAAGCACAAACUGGCAGUCCGAGGCAUGGCUGCCCAUAAUCUCCCACACGACAUGAAUCUAAACGGAGCCCUAUCGAGAUAAUUAUUCACCCUGGAUUGCAGUUGUCAGUUCAAGUUCAAGGUGAACACUGGUACAUGCAAACAGAAACAAAACAACAAUUGCGAGAAGGGUCUAGCCAGCCAGAGAGCAUGUUUAUUUCAAAGAGACAAUUUGGAAUCCGACUGAGAUUGGGAGAAGGAAAUAGAAAUAGACAGAAUUCUCCUAAUAUAGCAUCUUCAUUUUAAUUCUUAAUAUUGUUAAAUUUGGCCGAUCCUCUCAAUAAAUGUUCUGCUUUUGGCAGCAGCUGCUUAACUACAGAAUAAAAUCAGGUAACUCCCCUUCACAACUCAUUGGCAUUUUGUUUGGUCUUGUUUCUGAUGUAUGUUUUCCUUUAUAAAUUAACCUCAUCUUUUGGGGGACUCGGACCAUGCAAUUUUAAACUUAGAUGAGCGAGCAAGAUCUCUACCCAAACCAAAACACCUUUGACCUCAGCUGCUGGGCAAUUUGCUUCUUACGAGUUUAGACAGAGGUCGCCAAUGAACAUACCAAGGCUCACUAGUAUCCCACCGAGUGACCCAUUGGAGGACGGGUGGUGUUUAAUUAUAGAUGUAAGUUUUCAGCAGCAAACAAGGCCACAUACUGAAAGCUAGGUCUUAGGUCACGAAGAAAUGCAUAAACCACCAAGCGACCAGAAUCGUUUUGUUUGUCAUCAAUUCAGGAGAAUAAAUCAUAAAUAUUUGCAAAUUAGAAAAUACAUUGCAGAAAUGUCCAAAUUCCUUAAAUAUAUUGUCCUAGUAUAUAUGCUUUACAUUAUAAAUUAAAAAAAACCUUAAAGAUUACACAUACUUAUUAGUUACUCACCAUUAAAAUUACGUCCCGCCACAUUAUUUUCAUUCAAAUGUACAUCGAAAAAUAUACGAGGAAAUAAUACAUGUUAAAAACAGUUGAUAGGCUGUUGCAGGUUAGAAGACACACUGUUCUUUAAACCGUGCAUUGGGGAUAACAUGUACAUUCCUGCCAAAGGGGUUUUCGGAGGUUCUGGGGUUCGCAAACUACAAGGGUGUUUUUUUUAUUAUUUCAAAACUAAAUCUCGUUUCUUAUACUGUGCUCGUCACCUCCGUGUUCCUGGAAGGUUUAUGAAACUGUCCUCACUACUGGGAGAUAUUUAUCCACGUGAACACAUUUCAGAUUUCUUCUCAUCGAUUUUAUUUCAUUGAAAACUCGCCACGAUCACUUAAUCCCACUGGCUGAAGAUUUUUUUAAAGCAAAGCCAAUCAAGGAUUCAAGGAAAGCGAUGUAAUAAUUAUGGAGCGCUUGUAUGCAUGUAUGUGCGUCCGUGUGAUUGUUGGUGAGGAGAAUUGGUGGUGAUUGCCGUGAAGACAUCAGCUUCCCCAUAAUUAAUAAAACAAUCGUGUGACACACAUUAUAGGGAACCUAGUUGUCCUUCUUUUAUCCCAGUUUGCUGUUCUGAUAUUCCAGCUGGACACGUUUAUUGUGCGUAGUCAAUUGAAAUGAUGGUCCAUUUCGAAACCGAUGCAUUGUUGUAAGAUAUUCAGCAAUUUAGACCAUAUGGCGGUUAUAACUAUCACGGACACUGCUUAUUGUGAGCAUUGGGUUAUUUCUCGUGGGCUCAUCUUGAAAACCAUCUACUUCCGUCGUGUAUCUGUGAUUGUCCGUACAAUAAUCUUUCCUUAGUACUUCUCAUAGAAUUAUAAAGUCCUUUUAAAUGAACCAUUUAAAAAAAAAUAAUAAAUCACUGAGACGUUACAUAGAAUUCAACGCUCCUUUGAGAACGAGCUUCCUUUUCACAUGUUUCCCACUAUUCUGCCCCGGGCCAUGCAAUUCAAUGGAAGAGUUAUCACAAGCCGAACCUGUGCUGCUUGGCGAGUCCACAGGUGGUAUGUGGCGGAUGGAGUGUUUUCCCCGUGGCGACACAAAACAAACCCAACACCAGAACUGACUAAACUCAUUAGAUACAUUAGCAGGGAAGUUGAAACGCUGGAAGGACACAGGUGUGAAAGGAAUGUUUGACCAUUUAGUUGCUCAUUCAGUUACAACAACAAAAUUGCUAAAAUAUAUAGAGGAACACACCCGGAUCCCUCUUGUUUGUUCUGAACGUUUAUUUCUAAGAUGCAGAAUAAGUGCAAGGUCCCUAGAGGAAUAGAAAAGGCAAGAGUUAUUGGCAUUCUGCUGUUUAAAAAAAAAUGUUGUGUUUAGAACGAACGCGUUGAACUGGAAUUGAUCUGUAGAAUGUAAGUCUGUUGCCUAUUUUAUCUUCACUGAAUCAAGGGAACUGUGCUGCCAGUGCCAGUGACAAAAAGAAUGGCGAUGGAAAAUGUCAAUCAGUUUUAAAUUGCCAGGAUAAAUUGUCUAAUUAAAGUUUUGUUUACCUUUGGUAAAAACGUUCCAAUCCAUGAUGAGUAUUGAAGAUUUCCGUGCAAAUUGAUUGGAAUGUCAUUCCCUUUUGAUAUAUUGCUGUUUUCUCUGAUCUCGCUGCUCAUCUGGUAUUUUGAAAAUCUAACAUAUUUUACUUAACCAAGCAUAAUGUUUAGACUGCACGGAAAUGGCAAUCCAAGCUUCAUCCAUUUUAAUUUCGGGAGGCCACCCCCAGCAAAUGUAACCAACAACAAAGUUGAAUAUGAUGCAGAAUCUACUGUACGUUUGCACUGCUCUUUCAGACCCAAAGCUUGUUCACUCACUCACUCACUCACUCACUCACUCACUCACUCACUCACUCACUCACUCACUCACUCACUCACUCACUCACUCACUCACUCACUCACUCACUCACUCACACUCACUUAAACCAUACAUACACACACGCACUACCCAGCACAUCCCUUCCAUCCACCAGAUAUGACCAGAUGACAACUCACAUUAAAAGAACACAUUCUGCAGCUCAUCCUCACGUGCCAGAUGGAAACUUUAUCCCAUUCUCCCAAUAACAAAACUGAGAAGUAAGUCCAUAACAUGGAAAGGUCGUUGGAUCUAUCAGUAGCAUCGUUUAUUGGAGAAAUCAAACGCAAAUCAGUUAACCACCUCCUUCCUCAGGUGCCCAAGCUUAGCCGUGUAAGUUCUAAACUUCCAUCUGCAAUCGUACAUGACCAGUCAUUUUUUUUGAAAGCAAAAUACUUUUGGUCAAGGGCCGAAAGACGGGCUGGGGUCCCCCUUCACGUUGUUAAAUAAAACAUAUCCAUCUUAAACUACGUUAUUUUUUGGGAAGCUCAUCACGACAUUAAAAGUGACAUAAAUUGUGAUUCUGGCAAUAUCCCAAACCUAACGAUUGAACAAAAUAAAAGAUUUACAAUGACCAGAGGGUAGCAUGAGCAUAUAACGUUUUAGUUUGAAGAAUACGAUGUCCAUCCAACUAAUUAAUUCCCAAUGCAGGAAGAAAGAUGGCCCGCCAUUAGUUUUAAUGUUUUGCAAAGCAACCAGCAAAUCUACUAUCAAAUUAUAAUCUAGUUGAAAUGAUGCCAAUACAAAUACAUUCGAUAUCGGAGGUUUGUUGACCCUUCCCUGGAAGUCUGUGAAACGGUUUCACUCCUUAACUGUUGCAAUGUACCUUGCCGGGGUUUAGAGUGAAUAUGGCAAAUUUGAAAUUUGCACCAAGUUUGUUUUCAAUCAGUUCAUGCUGCACUUUCAACCAUUUACGAAAUAGUCUCCCAGGGUAUGGCGAUACUGAAAUUACUAAAUGCUCAAAUAUCUUCACAAGCUUCUUGUCAGUUGAAAAGGAAUCACGCAUUGUCAAAAAAAUAAACACAAACUCUUAUUCCCAUGCGCCAAAAGUGAGUACGAGCAGGUUGUAUGGUUUGGACUGUUCCCAUCCUGAUCACAUGCUAUAAUAAUUUUUUUAAAUGAUUGACUCCAGUAAGUAGGUAACCCGAUUUUUUAUAAAACAUUUUCCAAAUAAAUAUACAAGUUGGAACACUAGUUCCUCUGGAGGGGGUGGGCGGGUUAUCAUUGUCCAUGUUUGUAUAUAUUUAUUUAAUGUUAAUUUAAUGGGAUUGUAAAUAUGGUGAGCCAGUAGCGGGGUAUUUAUCUAUGAUUCCAUACCUCUGUGAGUGGGUUGAAAAUGCUUGACGCUAGAUAGUCCACUAUCUGAUCUCUGUUCACUAGACACAUUGUAAAGGUGAUGGGUAGAACUUGUUUAUUGUCCAGUUGUGGUCUCAUUUUAAGAGAAAAAAAAGAGUUGAGUACCUUGUGAUUUUGUUGUAUUUUAUUCAGUUUAAAUGUGAUGCUGCUUCACUUUUCAGACAGAUUGUGUUGCUAGGUCUGUCCACCUACUGGUUGUUUGAAUGAAAACCAAUCUGUCUCAAGAAACAAACAAACACAUAAUAAAUCUUUCUUCCAAAA